UCUACUUCUGCAAGCAGGUCAGUUUUCUUGUGCCAAAAACUUCCAAGCAUCAUCUGGGAUUUGACUCAUACGACUUUCCCUUGGAUUUUAGUGUUCAUUACAUCUAUUGCUUCUCCUAUCAUCACUUUCCUUAACGCUACUGUAAUCGUAGCUUUGAAGAAACGGAGGGAACUAAAAAAACAGUCGAACAUUUUGCUAUGCAGCAUGGCCUUCACUGAUCUCCUAACAGGUGCUAUAACUAUGCCACUAUCUGCCACAACCGUUGUUUUAAUGCUCAGCCAAGUUUCUUUGGAGCAUAUUUGUACAUUAGAUUCCCUGGUGACGAAACCCAUAAUAUUUCUCAUGUCUUUAUCAUCCUUAUUUCACUUAACUGCCAUUGCUUGGGAGAGAUACAUGGCCAUAAAAUGUGGGAUGGAGUACAAGAGCAAGGUAACAGAAAGUCUCCUCAAAAAAUUUGCGCUAACUGCUUGGGUAUUACCUUUUUUCAAACAAGGUCUAACUGUUAUUAUAGUGGCAGUUAGUAUCUCAGAAAAAUUCCUUGGUAUCGGCAUUUUAGUUGAGGCUGUCGUGGUCCUUGGUUGUUCAAUCGCCAUUGCAUAUUUUUACUUCAAGGUCUUACUUGGAGUGCAGAGGCAAAAGAAGAACAAAACUAGCCAGGUUUCUGUUUUGUUGAAUGUGAAACUCGAAUCUAAAAUUGCCACGACAACUGGUUUGGUAACCGCCGCACUUCUUUUUUCGUUUGUUUUUUCAGUUGUUAUUGUUGUUCUAGGUAGUUUUUCACCAAUAUUUCGUAUGAAUUCCACUUUUCAAUUGGCAGAGCUAGUUUUACAGCUGAACUCCCUUUUAAAUCCAAUAUUAUACUGCUAUAGCGACCGCCGUUUUAAAAACGCUGUCCAAGAGCUGUUAGGUCUCAAAAAAACACAAAAAUUCCAACCAACCUUUCAUGCUAAUCGAUGUUUA